AUGGGAGGACACUGGGGAAAUAGGUUCAGUAUUAUUUUGAGGAGUAUACCGCCCGAGCACCAAAGUGUUCUGGACAGUCGUUUGAAAGAAUUAGAAGAAAAUGGAUUUAUAAAUUUUUUUUUGGUACAGUGUUUACUUGUCUGUUUUCACUUGAAGGUUUCUUGUGGUGGAAUUGCUUUUUAUCCAGGGAUGCAACGUUUCGGUUCCUGCGGUACAAGUACAGCCGAGGUGGGUAAACAUAUAUUGAAAAGGAAUUGGGAAGCUGCUGUGGCGCUCAUUCUCAGCAAUGAUAAUCUACCUGGUGAGGUUCUUUUUGCUGGUACUCUGUAG